AUGACCGACUCGCCCGAACCCGAUGCCCCCAACUCCCUUCAUUCUCGUUCCGCCAUGACAUUUCCCUCCUGCAAAUCCGAAUGCCUUACUGAAGGUCUCGCUACAGUACCGGAGGAUGGGGAUAUGCAGUUUGACGCGUCUGGCCGAUCCUGGCAAGACGGCGCCCAGUCCGCCGCCAUUGAACACCUGGUCUCGUUGAAGCAGGGCUUGAGAACGUCAGAUACCGAGCUGUUCUGGAAACGGCUCAUGGAGGAUAUCACAUCGAUCAGUAAAGCACAAUAUGGCUUUGUUGCCCGCCGAGUACACGGCGGGGAAGCCAUAGCGGAACUGGGCGGGCGCCGGCCGUCCCUCUUCGGAGCAGUUUUUUACUACAAUGACGGCUAUCAAAAUUUCGGCCUACAACGAAACCGGUAUUUCGCAGGUGGGAAUCCUCUUUUGCACAUGGACCACGAGCGACCGUGCUUGAUCCCCGAAAAUCUGAAGUCCUUGGUGUCCUUCGGAGAUGAUCAGUUACCUUUUCCUGCCGAGGCAUACCUGGCCAUUCCACUUUUCUCAGAGGGCAAAUGUCUUGCAUAUCUUGGUUUGAUGUGGUCAGCCGAAGGUACGCGGAAUCGAAAUUUGUCCUGGUCGUUCCUAGAAAUGGUCUUGCAUUCCCUGGAGGAUAUGAUUGUUCAGCGGCUACUGCAGGAUAAAGUUUUUCCAGAGCAGGAGACCUGCGAAUUUCCACCUGUCCCUCCAGUUCCUCAACAACCACAAACAGCAGACUCUCAACAUACCUCCGAUUUCAAUUCGCAGCCACUGAAACCUUAUGCCCGCAGUUUGUCUCAUGAGUUGCGGACCCCCAUGCAAGGGGUGGUAGGCAUGCUUGAUGUAAUGCAUGCAACAGUGCGGGAGGCUAUGGAGAGCAAGACACCCGUCAAAUCAGGUGGGAUUUUUCAGGCGCUCAAGGAAGGUAUUGAGAUGGUACAGGACAGCGCAAGACGUGCCGUCGAAGCAGCCGAUAAUGUUGUUCAUGCGUACGACCUAAACAUGCAGGUUCCCAAAACACCCACCCCGCAACAGGAGGAAGAGAAUAACUUUUUCCCUGGUCCAAAUCCACCGCCCGAAUCUGACGAAAGUCGACCAAGCAUCUUUAUCGAAGGCAACAAUAUCGCAGUGAAUCCAUACAAGAGGCGGCGAAGUCUUCCUCUAGACAUGGCUUCAUGCUCAACACGCCCCGCCCGUAAACAAAGAGUCCGUGCGGCAUCAUCGCGGCAAGAACUGUCACCCCGCAGUGAAGAAGUCAAAAUCGCAGUACACGAGAGCGACCAGAUCGUUCACGCCACUCCAGCCCGGCAGAUCGAAGAAGUCAUGGCACACAUGGUAGAUCCGCGUCCGUCGAUUGCCGUCCGACGUUCUGCACCUCACCUCCUUCUGGAGGGUAUCAACAUGAACUUAAGAGGCCCGGCUUUACGUUUCACCAAAUUGCGGGAUUUGCUUCGAUUGGUGAUUAAUGAGUCGCUUCACGUUGGCGGUCGCCCUGAUUCUGCCGAGAGCAAUGCUACCGAUUUCGGCGAGAAGAUUGAGAUUCGAUCGAGAUCCUCCAAUGGCGAGAUUUACACCAAGACCGUGGAUUGGUCUGUUGAUCCGGCAUUACCUGAUACACUUCUGGCCGACGAUCGGGAUCUUGCUAAACUGAUAUCCUGCGUCUUUUUGAACGCCAUUAAAUUCACCAACAAUGGCACUAUCACUGUUUGUGCAACGAUGGACGCCAAGAGCAACGAUGUCUUGAUUCUUGUGCGAGACACGGGCCCAGGCAUCCCAGCUGCGUUCAUUCCGAAUCUUUUCAAGCCCUUUGCCCGGGAAGAUGCGUCUACAACUCGAAGCAAAGAUGGAUUGGGUCUUGGUCUUCUUGUGGCCAAGGGACUUUCAAGGAAGAUGGGCGGCGAUUUGAUCUGUGUUCGUUCAUCAACCACAGGACCCGAUCAUGGCUCUGAGUUUCAAAUUCGAGUUCCCGUGAACCAGCAUGAUGCUUACAGUCGUCCUGGCACUCCACUUGAAAGAAUAAUGACUCCACCGAUUUUCAACGAACACGUCAGGACCGGUAGUGGCAGCAGCUUUGUUUGGGAGCCUACAUUAUCGAGCUCACCUUCUCAGUUACAGCACCAACAGCUUCAGCAGCCAACGCCCAGUACUGCCGAUGAAAAGUCAUCUGAGAGUCCGUCUCCGCCCCUAGUAGUAACUCGCCCUCAACUCAACCCAAGUGCUAUCUCCCAAGACGCAUACGACAAGCGACUCGGAGAAAAAUACCCAUUGCGUUUCCUCGUCGCAGAAGACAACCGUAUCAACCGACGUGUGCUGGUCAACAUGCUACGCAAACUGGGGUAUCGUGAUGUUCUUGAAGCGGCUGAUGGUAGAGAGGCUGUGCAAAUUGUUGAAGAGAUCCUCUCCGCGUCCACCUCGCCCACCGACUUGGCCGAGUUCCCCAGCACCCUAGAAGCACCAACCAAGACCAACCCAUCACCCGCCGCAGAUAUUAAACCCAUUGAUAUUGUGCUUAUGGAUCUCUGGAUGCCCAAAAUGGACGGUUACGAGGCCACUUCUCGCAUUCUUCAAAUGGUUGAUGACCACCACAGCCAGUCCUCUGGUUCUAGUAACGCAUCCCCAGAUGCCCCCAACCCAGAUCCAAUGGACAUGGACCCAAAGCCGAGUUUAUUACGCCUGCCGCAGCCUCCUACUGUUCUUGCCGUGAGUGCAGACGUCACUGACGAGGCAUUGAACCGCGCCUCCAGAGUGGGAAUAAAGGGCUAUAUGACAAAGCCAUACAAAUUAUCCGAUCUUGAACGAUUGAUCCUCGGGUUCUGUGGUAGUCUUGGAGACACAGUCCCGAUGGUGACAACGUAA